CCGGGACCGUGUUGUUGUGGGAGAGGAUGUGGGAGUCAUCCAGUCCUAGUGGCGGAGCGGAGCGGAGAGAAGGACCGCAGCUACGGGAGGAACAGACGGAGCUGGAAGUUUAACAAAGUCAACUUCUCCCCCCUGUAGCUAUGACUUCCAGUACUUUGGGACUGUUUCGCUGCGAGAGGACUUGCUUCUGAAUAUUUCUCCUCGGUGUAGAGGCGGGAGAGGACGGGAGUCAGUAACCGGGUGCUGCUCGCCUCUCACAGCCGCCGCUCCGCUCAUCACCUGCGCCUCACGUUUUACGGACUCUCCGUGGGAUUGGACUUUUGGAGCCGGUGGUGGGUGGGUGAAGGAAAGAAAAAAAAAGUUCCUGUGAGGGAUGUUAGAACUUGUGGGUGAAUUGUCCAGCUGCUGAGAUGCUGCCUGUGGAGUUGGCUGCCGGCUGCAGAGAUUUCAUCCCAUAGACUGAAGCUCCUUCUGUCUGGAUAUAUGAGUGCUGCUGGACAGACAAACUGCAUGCUGUGAAGACUGUGAGCAGCCUUAUGAACAAUCCGAGUGUAUGAUGGAGUACCGUCCGACUCUGGUUCCCCUGCUGGUUUUAUUUGCACUCAGAACUUUGGCAUAUGGAUCCCGACCCCGGUUAGAGGAUGCUGCUCCUCGGAUUGUAGAACAUCCGUCUGAUUUGAUCGUGUCCAAAGGUGAGCCAGCCACCCUCAACUGUAAAGCCGAGGGACGGCCGACUCCGAUGGUGGAAUGGUACAAAGAUGGUGAGCGGGUCGAGACCGAUCGAGAAGACCCCCGAUCCCACCGGAUGCUAUUACCCAGCGGCUCCCUCUUCUUCCUGCGAAUUGUGCACGGGAGGCGAAGCAAACCUGAUGAAGGCGUCUAUGUUUGUGUGGCGCGCAACUAUCUGGGCGAGGCAGUCAGUCGCAAUGCAUCGCUGGAAGUGGCAAUUCUGAGAGAUGACUUUCGUCAGACGCCCAGUGAUGUGGUGGUGGCAGCAGGGGAGCCCGCUGUCAUGGAGUGUAUCCCUCCCAGAGGCCAUCCUGAGCCGACCAUCUCAUGGAAGAGAAACAACAUCCGGGUCAAUGAUCGAGAUGAAAGGAUCACUAUCCGCGGAGGCAAGUUGAUGAUUUCAAACACCAGAAAAAGUGAUGCUGGCAUGUACGUGUGUGUUGGAACCAACAUGGUUGGAGAGAAAGACAGUGAUCCUGCUGAACUGGUAGUGUUUGAGAGGCCAAUGUUCACCAAACAGCCGGUGAACCAGGUGGUGUUGGCAGAUGAUACGGUGGAUUUCUUCUGUGAGGUCCAUGGAGACCCAACUCCGACUGUCCGCUGGCGGAGAGAGGAGGGGGAGUUGCCUCGGGGCAGAUUUGAGAUCCGCAGUGACAACAGUCUGCGUCUGACCCAGGUGCGAGCUGAGGAUGAGGGCACUUACACCUGCGUGUCAGAGAACAGUGUGGGCAAAGCAGAGGCGUCGGGUACCCUGCAAGUUCACGUGCCCCCUCAGAUCGUGGUUCGACCCCGGGACCAGAUCACAGCUCCGGGUCGUACAGUAACCUUCCUCUGCGGCACGAAAGGAAAUCCUCCGCCGGCCGUUUUCUGGCAAAAAGAAGGCAGUCAGAUCUUAUUGUUCCCCAUCCAGGAGCCGUCGCAGGCCGGUCGUUUCUCUGUGUCUCUGAGCGGUGAGCUGACCAUCACUGAUGUCCAGGUCGAAGACUCCGGCUAUUACAUCUGUCAGGCCAUCAGCGUGGCCGGCAGCAUCCUGACUAAAGCCCUGCUGGAGGUGGAGAGUGCACCCUCUGACCGGGUCCCUCCCAUCAUCCGCCAGGGACCAGCAAAUCACACAUUAGCUCCUGGUUCCACUGCUCAGUUACACUGCCACAUCAUGGGUAACCCUAUCCCCAACAUCCAGUGGGAGAAAGACGGCCAGAGGAUCUUAGGAAACGAUGGUCGAAUCAGCUUGAUGGCGAACGGCACCUUCCAAAUCACCAAUCUCCAGGAAACGGACUCUGGAGUUUACACCUGCCUGGCUUCUAGCUCCAGUGGAGAGACGAGUUGGAGUGGAGUGCUUACAGUCAAAGACAGCGCAGAUUCGUCGGUAGCUCCGGCCACCGAGCCCUUCCAGUUGCCGGGUCCGCCCCACAAACCCAUAGUCACAGAUGUGUCCAAGAACAGCGUCUCUCUGACCUGGCAACCCAACGCCCACGAGGGAGGAGCCGCCGUCACCUCCUACAUCAUCGAGGCCUUCAGCCAAUCAGCGGGGAGCACGUGGCAGACUGUGGCUGACAUGGUCAAGAUGGAGACGCACACAAUCACCGGCCUUCUCCCCAACACCAUCUACUUGUUCAUCGUCCGAGCUGUCAACGCCUACGGCCUGAGUGACCCGAGCCCCAUCUCUGAGCCGGUCAGAACACAAGAUGUGAGUCCUACAGGUCAGGGAGUGGACCACAGGCAAGUGCAGAGGGAGCUGGGGGAAGUGGCGGUCCAGCUUCAAGACCCCGUCUCGCUGACACCGGCUUCAAUUCGAGUAUCGUGGACGGUCGACCGUCAGUCUCAGUACGUUCAGGGUUACCGUCUCUUCUACCGACCCAGCGGGACGACCUGGCUCCUUCAGGACAUCAACUCCCCCUCAGAGCGGAGCACCGUCCUCACCAGCCUGCUCAAAGGAACUGAGUACGAGAUAAAGAUCCGUCCCUAUUUUGAUGAAUUCCAGGGGAAGGACAGCCGAACAUUGCUGGUUCGAACCCCAGAAGAAGUCCCCAGUGCCCCGCCCAGAGCUGUUACAGUGGCAACAGUGAAGCUAAGCAACAGCUCCAGCAUCAGCGUCUCCUGGGAGCCUCCGCCCAGCGACAUGCAAAACGGCAUCAUACAGGAGUAUCGGGUUUGGUGCGUGGGCAGCGGCGGAGACAACCAGACGCGCUACUACAUUAACAAGACAGUGGAUGGAAACACGUUAUCCACGCUGCUGAAUGGCCUGAUGCCCGGUGUGCUCUACCAGGUGGAGGUGGCGGCUGUGACCAGUGCCGGCAUCGGGACCCGCAGUCAGCCUGUAUCUGUCCUCAUCAAGCUGCCAGCUGAGCUGCCCUCAGUGCCAGGCGGAGGAGGCGGCAGCACCGGUGACACCGGCGAGGAGAGCAGCGUGAGUCUGGCCGAGCAGAUCACCGACGUGGUCAAGCAGCCGGCGUUCAUCGCAGGCAUCGGCGGAGCCUGCUGGGUCAUCCUCAUGGGCUUCAGUGUCUGGAUCUACUGCCGCCGCAAGAAGAGGAAGGAGCUGAGCCACUACACCGCCUCCUUUGCCUACACGCCAGCAGUUGGUUUCCCUCAUGGAGAGGGAUCUGGACUCAAUGGAAGGCCUGGGGUGCUGGGAGGCAACAUGGGCAACUACCCAUGGUUGGCAGACUCUUGGCCCACCACCAACCUGGUCCACAGCGGUAAAGAGGCCGUCAACUGCUGCACCACCAAUCACGACACAGCUGAGAGAUACUACAACGAAGCCGGCAUCUCCAACUACCUGAAUCAGACGGAGAAGUACAGCAUGGGAGGCUCCACCGAAGGUCCCAUCUACAGCACCAUCGAUGCCACCAGCGAGGACCUGCACAGCUUCACCUACGCCCAGCACACCUCCACCACCCCCUACGCCUCCACUUCCAUAAUGCCUUACACCAAUCAAACGCAGCCGCCGGCCCUCAGUGGCGAGCAGCAGGAUGAUGGGCACUGGAUUACUCAGCCAGGACCCUCUGGAGCUCAGUAUGCACAGCCGGAACGCUGCAGUGGUAAACCCAAGCAGAAGGCGAUGGGGAAGGCAGUCAAAACCCCAUCUCUAACCUGGAUGGAGGCUUUGCCCCCACCUCCACCCAUUGGAGAGUUGGAUCAAUGUGAGCAGGAUGACCAUCUCCCAGAGCACGAGGACAUGGACAUCGGUUCGGAUGAGGAGUGGUGUCCACCACUCCCAGAGAGGACCUACCUGAUGGAGGGCUGUGAAGACGGACCCUCUCCCCCUCAAAGGAACAAUGCCUCUUCUCCAGCCACCUCCUACAGCCACCAGUCUACAGCCACCCUCACCCCAUCGCCCCAUGAGGAGCCCAGAGCACCACACGACCUCCCCCGCCUCAACCAGCUAGACAGCCAGCAGCUGUCGCGCAGAAGGUUACCCUGCGGUCCAGUGCCAGUUCCCCAGGCGCCGAGCCCGUCGCUCACCCAGUCCAACCCCAACCUCUCUGGCCAACAGCAUCACGGCUCAUCAGAGGUUGGCACGCUGCAGUGCCAAAGUCCUGCCCAUCGCUGCCUCCACAGCCAGGGGCCAGCUCUGAAUGAAGACAACGUCAGCGCGACUACACCCGUGCACAGUCGCUCAUCACCUGCAGAUACAUGCACUCCUCCCAACCAAAAGUCAAGAGUGAAAAAAAAGGUUUCCAAGAGCUCAGCGUACAGAAGAGAUAUACAAGGAGAUCUGCCCCCACCUCCGGAACCGCCCCCAGAUGAGGACAGACUGCAGGGCCCCCAGGGGUGCACUGAGGCCAGCAGUGUGGCGAACGGCGGCGUGUCCUCCUUGGAGAGGAGCGAAUACAGCAGUAAUAGCCACCAGCGGAAAGGCUCGGGACAGAGACAUGCUGACAAUGAGGACAUGAUGCCGUACAGCAGUAAGGCCGGUUACCUUUCCAGGAGUCAGAUGUCCAGUAACUGCUCGACCACAGGAAGCUCCUCAUCCAGAGGCUCCACAGGCUCCCGGGGGCUCAACUCAGCCAGGAAACACAACGAGGAAAUGAGAUAAGAACAACAGUGAUUCUGUCAGUGCUUCGACGCCUCCAUCACCCCCCCCACCCAUCUUCCGCCGUGGACACAAUGAGCUGAACAAAAGGACAAGUGUUUCAGGAAUCCACACUCAUUGCAGUGUCAUUGCUGUGAAAGAACGAACAACGGACUUUACAUCCUGUUUUUUUUUUUGUUUUGUUUUUUAGUAUUACUGAUUUACUGAUUAUUUAUGAGCUGUCGAGUUCACUCCUCUCCCUUGAUUUGUAAAUACCUGUGUCUGUACUGUUCUUUUGUGGGCUCUGGAUACAGGGAAAGAGACGUAUAUUGUAUUUAUAAGGAUAAAAAUGAAGAAAAAAAAAAUCACAAAUGUUGAAAAAAAAAAACCAAGUCUGUUAUUAUACAAACCAUGUCUUCUUGAAUGUGCCAACUUUUUGUCGAAAUGUAUACUUUUUGGAAAAGCAUUAACUACUGUUGCACUCUUGUUGUGAUGGCAAAACAACAGAAAUAUGAAGCACAAAGUGUGUUUGCUGGUUGAGAGGGAAGGUUGGAAAAGCCAAAACGAAUGGGUACCCCUCCCCCCACCCGGAAGACGCCUCCGUCCCGAGCGCUUCCCCCGCAGGGAUCCCUGCACACAUGUAGUCCGCUAAGAAUGUCAUACUUUUCUAUGUUUCCUCUGGCUUCUCUGCAGCAAAGUGUUCCUGUGUGCCAGCAGACAGACAGACAGACAGACAGACAGACAGACAGGCUUUAUGAAAGUUUGAUUGUAACCCCUCCUGUUCCACUCUGCUCCCUCCCGUUGUCCGUGUGAGCGACUGUUUGCUGCAGAUGUGAGAUAAAAUUUGCAUAUACUCCCAAAACAAACAAAAAAAAUGUCUGUGGACUGACUUUUUUGUACUCUUGUUGUUUUGUAAAUGUACAAUAAAAAGACAUUUGCUGA